UUCUGUAGCCUAACAAAGAGUUCGUUAGCCUCUGGGGUGGACGUGCCUCGUCAUUAGCUGUUUAUCUCCUCCCACCUGGACCUGUCUGACCUUUAACCCAGCCUCCUGCUCCUUUGAACCGAACUGUUCUCUUUGGCAGUAUGAGCGAGAAGCGAGGAUGUCCCUUUCAGCUGCUGAACCGUGCGCACAGAGACUACGAUGGUAGUGGUGGUGGAGGAUCCAAGACCUUCGGGCCAAAUGGUCAUGCCACCACCAACCCGGGACCGAGCCCCAUGGGUAGGAGGAGCCAAGGCAUGGGCACCAUGGACAGUGACAGGUCCCUGGCCCUGGAUGAGGCUGCCGCUGCUACUGCUGACAGUACACGUUACUCUCCUGUUUCACUGAAACUGGAGCCCACAGUGGUGAAUAAUAGGUCAGACACUCCAUGCAGCCCGCAGACGGACACAAAGGACCUACCGCUGCAGAUCGACGGCCGGCCCCCUGCCUACUGCCCUAACCCUCCUCUCCCUCCAGCCAUCCGGCUGCGCUCCACCAUACACUCCCAGAGCCCCUACGUCACCAAGACUAGCAUGCAGGGGGAUGUCUACAACUUCCUAGAGAGACCCGCUGGAUGGAGAUGCUUCCUCUACCACUUCUUGGUUUUCCUCAUGGUCCUGGUAUGCCUUAUCUUCAGUGUCCUGUCCACCAUAGAACACUAUGCCGAUUUUGCCAGCGGAACACUCUUUGUGAUGGAGAUUGUCCUGGUGCUGUUCUUUGGGACAGAGUACGUGGUGCGGCUCUGGUCUGCCGGCUGCAGGAGCAAAUAUGCAGGGAUCAAGGGACGACUCCGCUUCAUCAGGAAACCCAUUUCUAUCAUAGAUCUGAUAGUGGUUAUUGCCUCCGUCGUAGUGCUGGGUGUAGGCUCCAAUGGCCAAGUGUUUGCCACAUCUGCUAUCAGGGGAAUCCGCUUCCUCCAGAUUCUACGCAUGCUGCACGUGGAUCGUCAGGGAGGAACAUGGAGGCUUCUUGGAUCGGUAGUCUUCAUCCAUAGACAGGAGCUGAUCACCACGCUGUACAUCGGCUUCCUGGGGCUCAUUUUCUCCUCCUACUUUGUGUACCUGGCGGAGAAGGAUGCUGUGGACGAGGAGGGAAAGACUGGCUUCUCCAGCUACGCUGAUGCCCUGUGGUGGGGCGUGGUGACGGUGACCACCAUUGGCUACGGGGACAAGAUUCCUCAGACGUGGAUAGGGAAGUGCAUUGCCUCCUGCUUCAGCAUCUUCGCCAUCUCCUUCUUCGCUCUGCCUGCAGGUAUACUGGGCUCGGGCUUUGCUCUGAAGGUGCAGCAGAAACAGAGACAGAAACAUUUCAACAGACAGAUCCCGGCUGCAGCCUCACUAAUCCAGACGCUGUGGCGCUGCUAUGCAGCAGAGAAACGAGAAGGCUGUCCCGCCACCUGGAAGAUGUAUGUCCUCACCGGAGACUACAUUCCCCCCAUGAACUCUGAAAACAACAACCCAAACCUCAGAAACAAGCGCACCAAGAGGAAACUGAAGAUGGUUCGUGACAAUGGCUCCAUGACCAUCCUUGGAGCGAGGAAGAUGUCCAUUCCUCAGAUCACCUUCGACCACAUCGAAGAUAACGACGAGAAGAAAGAGGUCCCCUUCUUUCUAGAAGAACCCCAAGGCAUCAUCCGGAUGUUCAGACAAACAGGCGUUCAGCACUCAUGGUCCUCUUUCAAUCUGAGCUGUACUGCCUCUCCAGUUAAGAAAAACCUGGACGGGCCUUCCAUAGGCAUCUCCCGGGGCAACAGCUUGAGUGAUGACAUGGACUAUGUCAGCGAAGACACACCUUUACCCGUGGUGACAGACGCAUCACAUUUGUUGACCAGCCCGUUCAUGGCAAAGGUCCAGGACUCAGUCUCAACUCACCACUUGAAUUCAAGAAGGUUGUCUCACGCCCAAAAAUCUGCAAUCAAAGUACUCCGGAGAAUGAAGUACUUUGUGGCCAGACAGAAAUUUCAGCAAGCGAGGAAACCGUACGACGUGAGGGACGUGAUGGAGCAGUACAACCAGGGACACCUCACCAUGAUGGUCCGCAUUAAGGAGCUACAGAGGAGACUGGACCAUACGUUGGGGAAACCAGGAAUGUUUCUGGCAGAGAAAGGUGUAGAUAAAGAAUACUACACUGUGGGAGCCAGACUGGUCCGCCUGGAGGACAAGAUGGACCAGAUGAGCCAUAAGAUGGAGGCGGUGCUGAAGAUCUUGGUGGACCAGUACAAACCCAAGGCAGAGCUGCUCCAGAGGGCCCCAGCCCCUCCACUCCCAGCCCCCUACAGUUCUCGCAUCAGCAUCAUGAGGCGUCAGAACAUGGGCGUCAGCUUGGACGAGGGACGGUGAUGUCACAGUGGGCAGAAAGGCGCCAGGGAUGGAACCACCAGGGACUAGUAUGACCAACCGUGAGAUAUCAGUUGCAAUGAGAAGAUCAAUCAUUUUUAAAUUCAUUGUCAGCUGCUUGACCAGGAGGGCACAGACUCCAAUAAAGAAAAGGGUGCACUCUUUUUACCUUAUUAAAAAGAUGGUGUCAUUUGGCUACUUUUGCCCUCUGUUUUAUAAUCCCCAAAACCUUUACAUCACUGUCUUUGACCGCUGACCUUAGAGAGAGAACGUGAACAACUCAGCUCCUGCUUCUGUUCUCCUCUGCUGAAGAGGCAUGCUUGUCUGAAAGUGAGGGCUAUAGAGAACUAUGAGAGGGGACAUGGCAGCAGUUUACUAACAGCUAGAGAUGUACGGUGAUGCCGUGCAUCCUCCCUCCCCCCAUCAUGGUGAAUGGGCAUACGGGGUCCUCUUCUUCAGAAGCUUCUUUCUCCCUCUUUAAUAUCAGCACUAUGAAAACAUACCACACUCUUCUUUCUUUUUUUAAUUUUACCCCCUUUUCUCCCCAAUUUUGUGGUACCCAGGUGUUAGUAGUUACUAUCUUGUCUCAUCGCU